AUGGCAGACGUUCUUGCUACCGGCAGUGCAGUUGUUGGCAUUAUCGUUGCUGCUUUCCAUAGCGCCAGACUCCUGCGCGAUGAUUUCAGUGCUGUAAAAAAUGCGGGGGAGACCAUCAAGCCUAUUGUAGAUGAUCUCAACUCUGUUGUCAAUGUUCUCUCAUCUCUAGACGCCACUGCGAAAAAAAGCAAUCAAGCCCAAGGAGUUCCAAGCGAGAUUGACAAUGACAAUUUCAAGACCGCGGCUAAAAAUUGCAACAGGAUAUGUACGGCGUUUCGAGAAAAUUUAGUAAAGUGGAUAAGACACCCCUCGAACAAUAAAAUGGACUGGAGAGAUAGGUUCAGGGUUGGGUUUUUGGCUGAGAAGGAACUUUUGGAGUUCAACAGGCAAUUGGUGGCAUGCAAAGGGACGUUCACAAUUGCACUGCAAAUGGCUACGUUUUCGGUUGCUUUGAGGCAAACCCAUAAAACCGAAUCAGUCAUCGAAAGAUUAGACGAUACUAACAAAAGGAUAAACCAAGCGGGUCUUGUCGUUAGAGAUCGCAUCGACAACCUUGAGUAUCAAUUGCAAAGGGUAACCAUUGAAGAAGUGUCUGUAUUAGAUGAAGAUGAAAGUCAAGUCUUAUCACACUCUUCAGACAGAGAAAAAAGCCAAGCUAUGUCUGAUUCAACAACUAAUGAAGCAUCACAAUCUUUACCGCAGCCGUCUUUACAAGAAAUGAUGGAUAUCUUCGAAAAAACAUGGAAAACGGCACUAGCAGAAGUUGCAUCCCAACGGAUUAAAAUUGGUAAAGUGACUCAAGCCUCCAACGCUAAAGCAGUCGUAGGCGUUCACGGAUUGAAGAAUGUCAACGAGAUGAAUGUAGAGAUAGACGAUGUUUCCGUAGGACAGGGAAGUUGGUCGCUUGUAGGGGUUUCAGAUGGUGUUGAUUUGAAUGCAUUUUUCAAAUAA